GAAAAUAUAAACGAUUGAUUCCAAUAUGCAAAAGAUUGCCACUAUUAUUGGUACUACAGGUGUAGGCAAAUCACAAUUGGGGGUUGAACUAUGUAAAGCCCUUGGAGGACAAAUUAUUAACGCUGAUGCUAUGCAAGUUUAUCGUGGUCUUGACAUUAUUACGAAUAAAAUGCCUUUAAACGAACGUCAAGGUAUACCACAUCAUUUGAUGGAUUUCUUGGAUCCAGAAGAAGAAUACAAGGUGACAGAAUUUAAACGAGAUGCUACUCAAUGUAUAGAUCAACUAACAAAAGAACAUCAACUACCAGUAGUUGUAGGUGGAACAAACUAUUAUGUACAAUCUCUAUUAUAUCAAAACUCUUUGAUCAAGGAUGAGCAAACUGAAGAUGCUUAUAGUAGAAGUCCUUCUCCUGAGCCAAUGCCUGAAUUAGACGCACUACAAACUACUGAACUUUAUUCUCGUUUACAAGAAAUUGAUCCCAUCAUGGCAAAUAAGUGGCAUCCUUCCAAUCGACGAAAAAUCAUAAGAAGUCUGCAAGUCUAUUACCAAAUAGGAAGGAAACAAAGUGAUAUUAUAAAGGAACAACAAGAACAUCAUCAAAUUCAUGGAUCUCAAGCUCGGUUCAAAUCCCUAGUAUUUUGGUUGUAUGCUGAUCCUUCAAAAUUAAAUCCAAGAUUAGAUGAUCGAGUUGGCACAAUGAUUGAAACUGGAUUAUUCGAUGAGAUCAAACAACUUCGAAAACAAGUAUUACUAGGUCAAGUUAAUAUACCUGGUCAAGAUUUGGAAAUAUACCAGCGAGGUUUAUGGCAAGCCAUUGGUUACAAAGAAUUUGAUCCUUAUUUUACUGCUCUGGAAACAAAUUCUACUGAUCAAGAUGGAUUAUCUAAGAUUCGGGAAGAAUGUACAGAAAGAAUGAAGGCUGCAACACGACGAUAUGCAAAACGACAAGUUCAGUGGAUCAGAAAUAAAUUAUUACCUACUGUUUGGAAUUCGCAGAAAAGUGAUGUCAUGGUUUACCUGUUGGACGCUGGCGAUCUGAAAGAAUGGGAUACAAACGUACGACAAAAAGCAAUAGAAAUAACAAAAGCAUUUCAAGCGGAUGAAGAAUUACCAGUACCUCAAGAUCUUAGUGAGACUGCCAAAACCAUGUUAACAAGGAAUCAUAUACAAGACACACAAACUAGAAUCUUGACUUGGAAAAAUCAUACUUGUCCUGUGUGCAAAACUGAUAAAGGUGAUCAAGUGAUACUCUAUGGUGAUAUUGAAUGGGAACAACAUAGGAAAAGUCGAUGGCAUAGGAAAUCAAUUAAGAAUAAGAAACUGGAAGAAAUCAAGCACAAGCAUAGUUUAGAAGGAAUGGUAUCAUAAUCUUUUAUAACAUGAUAUCAAUUUUGCGUGCGGAAUAAAACGUUACCAAUGUUGGCCAACCAAAUUUGAAUUUCAAUGAAAAUGGACUCCACCCCCCCUUUUUUUUUUUUUUAUUUUUCCUAUUCCA